AUGGCGAGUCGCACCUCCAGUCACAGAGGCCCGCUCGGAGCCACAUGCCCCCCUACUUCUUCUUGUUUCCUUCUUCUGGGUCUGAUUCACGUGCUUCUCUCUCUCAGCGCCUGCGCGGCCGGCGCCCUUAAGACGCCAGCCGGAAGAGAUCUGGGGCAGGCGCUCGAGCCCGCUGGCGCCUUCGAGGCCCUCGCGGCCUCUCCGCUGUCUUCCACCUCUGUGGCUUCUGCGGUUCUUCCCGCGCGUGUAAAUGUGCGUGCUGGGGGUGAAGAAGCGUCUCGUGCGCCCGCCUUCUUCGCGCCGGAGCCCCCUGUUCUCUCCUUCUCGGAGAAGCGCGCGAAGGCCGCGAAGGGGUGGACCUCCGCCCAGCACGCACCGCCCAACCUCGAGUGUAAGAUUUUCUUUGAGGGCCCCGUAAGCCAGCCGCCAGUGAUCUCUCUCACGGCCUCUUCGUCGUCGUUCGACGGUCCCUACUUGCUGAUCCUGCGGGAUAGAGACCCGCGCGCGAACGGGUGGAUACACGGCUACCAGCGCGGUGUCCACGUCGGCUACUCGGGCGCCUUCGGCGCCGGAGACGAGGGCGAGUACGUACAGUGCCACCCCGGGGCAGGCUCGCACAUCUAUGACCUCCUUGUCUUUGACCGGGAUUACCGGCUAGGCAGCCGACUCCAGCCGCUCGUCUCGACGCCGUGGAACAACGGGGCGAGAGCCCUCGGCCCCGAAAAGGUCCUAAUCGACGACCUGAGCGAGGAUCUCCCCCCGGACGCGCCGCGCCCCAGAAUCCUCACUCGGUGCUCUGUCUCUGUCUCCCACGCCCAGGUGGAGGCCGAGGAGAGGCAGUUGACCAGCCAGGCCCGCGCCGAGUAG